GGCGGAACCGGAAGUAUCCAUUCGGACACUUUUUGAAAUUAGCUGUCAAGUGAGACACUUAGCUGUUACAGCGCUGUUAAAACCUCCAAAACGAUAGGAAAACCUAAAUGAACCAAUAUAUUUGAAAGUCUUAAAGCAGGAAUUGGUUGUUCAGUCUAGUCUUACUAUAUUAUAUCUUAUAUCUCUAAAGUAAAUCAUCAUGGGCGAGGUGGAGCUGUCCUGCCGGGCUUAUGUGAAGAUGUACCUGCACGCCUGCCUCUUUCCGCGGUGCAGCAUCAACGGACUCCUGUUGUCGUCCAGCUCAGCAGGCGGUGCUGUCUGUGUGACAGACUGCGUCCCGCUGCUUCACUCCCACCUGCCCCUGGCUCCCAUCACUCAGCUGGCCCUCACACAGGUGGAUGUGUGGUGUUCACAGACUCAGCAGAGGGUAGUUGGAUACUAUCAAGCCAAUGCCUGCGUUUCAGAUAGCAGCCCGACGCCGUGUGCACUGAAGAUAGCUGAUAAGAUUUCUGAGCAGUUUGACAACGCAGUUUUGUUAAUGCUUGAUGGCGGUAAGAUGUCGCCAGAUUAUCGGGUUCCUCCCAUUGUGAUGUACGAGCGUAAAGAUUCAAGAUGGAUGCUCAAAGACAAACACACGAUAAUGCUGAGACAGUGGGAGGAGACUCGGGCGAUAGCCAGUCAGAUGCUGGAGUCAGGUGAUCACACACUACUGGUGGAUUUUGACAGCCACUUGGACGACAUCACAAAGGACUGGACCAACCAGAAACUGAACAUCAAGAUAGCCGAGCUCACCUCACCGGCCAACGGGAACAUCUAGACUGAGAAGUAGCAUCAGUUUGUAGUAGAGCUCAGAUUUGUUUAUGUUCUCACCCGACAUCAUGUGACUUUUAUAACCUGACACAAACACACAGAGAUUAGGUUUAUUUUUAAUGCCUUUUCUGAACUGAACAGGGACAUGACAUAGAACAUGCAUAAAUAACAAAUAUAUGUACAGCUUGGUAGAUCUCCACAGUCAUCCACCCCCUCCUCAGAGUGUGCCUUGUGGUCCAGCCCAACACGCUGCUGAUUUAAAGGAAAAAUUCACCUUAAAUACACCUUUUGACACUAUUUCAAUGCA